GGUGUGCUGGGGCUGGCUCCCUCCUCCCUGGCGAGCGAGGCGACAGCCGACAGUCGCGGCGCGCCACGCAGUAAACAAGAUGGCGGAGCUGGACUACUACGGCGUGCUGGGGCUGACGCCCGCCUGCUGCGACCCCGACGUGGGGCGCGCGUUCCGCCGCCUGGCGCUGCAGCUGCACCCCCGGCGCGGGCGGCCCGGGUCGGAGCGGCUGUUCGCGCUGGUGGCCGAGGCCUACGACGUGCUGGGAGACCCGGAGCGGCGCGCCGUGUACGACCAGUUCGGCGAGGCGGGGCUGAAGCGCGGCUGGGCGCCUGGCAGACCCGGCUACGCCUUCCACGGCGACCCCCUGCGCACGUACCGCGAGUUCUUCGGCACCGACAGCCCGUACGCCGACCUCUUGGACUCCGUGCGGGGGCCCCCGUGGAGCUCAGGCCUGCCCGGGCCCCGCGCGAAGGGCGCGGACCACCGGCGGCCGCUGCCGCUGACCCUGGAGGAGGUGUUCCACGGAGCGACCAAGAGGCUGCGCGUGAACCGCCGGGUGCUGGAGCCCGCUGACGGCUCGGCCACCGAGGCGCGCACCCUCGUGCUGACGGCGGAGGUGCUCCCGGGGCUGCCGGCCGGGACCGAGCUGCGGUUCCCCCAGGCGGGCGACCAGGGGGUGGGCGUCACGCCCGCGGACCUGGUGCUCGUCACCCAGGACCGCCCGCACGACAGGUUCUCGCGCGAGGGCCACAACCUGGUGAUGGUGCACACGCUGGAGCUGCAGGACGCGCUCACGGGCUGCACCGUGGUGGUGAGCACGCUCGACGACAAGACCCUGCGCGUCCCCAUCACCGAGGUCACCGCCCCCGGCUACCAGAAGGUGGUCCCGGGCGAGGGCAUGCCGCACGCGACGGACCGCCACCAGCGCGGCGACCUCAUCAUCAGGUUCAACGUGAAGUACCCGCAGUACCUGUCCGAGGCGAGCCGACGUCUCGUACAAACAGCGCUGAAGAAGAAGGCGUGGCGGAACCAGCCCGAAGACAUCUACAGGAUCAUCAUGCAAGACAAGAUGAGGCGCAUCACGGACAAGGAGUGGGUGCAAGACUGAAACGCAUCCACCCUGGCUUACCACCACCACAAAAAUGGAACGGGCUGAAAUUAUUUAAAUUUAGAAUUUUUCAGUGUUAUUCUGUCCAAAAAUUGUGUACGUUAUACAAAAAUAAAGAUCUUAUCAUUUAA